CCACCUUCGGGGAAAGAGCAACGCCGCGCCGAGAAGGGAGGCGGUGAGCGGGGGGAUCGCCUUGCUUUAUAAGCCCACGUGCAGCCCAGCUGUGGCCACUGGUCGCCUCUCCCAGGGACCUCCUCCACCUCCUGCUGGGGAAGUGGCCGCCCCUGAGUCGCCUUCUCCUCCACCAUGACCUCUUUGCUGUGCCUGAUCCUCGUUUUCCCAGACCUGGCCGCGCCUUUUCGAUGGGACGCGUCUCCGUUCAUCAUAUCGGAGAGCGACCGGGUGGAGCCGCUCUGCCCCAUCCUGGAGUGUCCCCACGAGCUGCGCAGCCGCCCCAUCUGUGCCUCCGACGGGAAGCUCUACAAAUCGCCCUGCACCUUCCAGCGCGCGCGAUGCCGUGAGCCUUCCCUCGAAGUGUGGCCACGUUUCCGCUGCGGUGGAGGCACCCAGCGAGAGCCCAACAAUACCAACCUCACCCGCUGCCAGGAGGACCGAGCGGCUGCCCUCUCACAGUCCUGGCGUCAGGCCCAUGCCACUUAUGUCCCAGAAUGCAGUGAAGAUGGCACCUUUCUGCAGGUUCAGUGCCAUAAGCAAACUGGCUACUGCUGGUGCUCCACACCCGAAGGCAAGCCAAUCAGCGGAACAUCCAUACUCAACAAAACUCCAAAUUGUACAGGGUCCUACACAGUGAGAACUUCAUGGCAAGAUCCCAACUCCUCUCGGAGAGAAGAAGGCGUCAAGCCCUGGCCAACCCAGCCAAGCCCCCUGCCCCAAAAGCAGGAAGAGGGGACCUCCCUGCCGUUCCUCAUCCCCAUCAUUAUCCCGGAUUUCAAGCCCAACCGCACCGUGAAGCAAGCUCAAGAGUACCCACCAUCGUGCGAGCAGGAGCGGCGCGAAGCGAUUGCCGAGGCCCGCCAGCACCAACAGGAAGGCACCUUCAUCCCGGAAUGCGAGGGCGACGGCACCUACAAAGCGGUGCAAUGCCACCAGGCCACGGGGUACUGCUGGUGUGUGCGGGUGGACACCGGACGGCCCAUUCCAGGCACUUCCACACGGAACUUCCCCCCAGACUGUGAAGCCGACGCGGUAGCCAAAAGCGCAGAAAUUGGCUCCCUUUUCCGGGAUCGGACACUGCCAGGUUGUCCAGGCUCAAAGAAGGCAGAGUUCCUCUCCAACCUGAUCAAAGCCUUAGCUUCCGACAUGCUGCAGUCAAGGAUGAUGCCCAUUCCAUACCGAAGGUUUUCGGACAGCAUGGUGGGCCCCAGCCUGGAGGAGCGAGCCGUACGCUGGCAAUUUGUGCGGCUGGACAAAGACUUCAGCAACAGCAUCAGCGAGCGGGAGCUACGGCCCCUCAAGCUCUACAUGAAGAAGAACACCCGGCCCAAACGUUGCAUCCGCAAGUUCCUGGAUUAUUGCGACCUCAACGACAACAAGCUCAUCUCCUUACACGAGCUCAAAGGCUGCUUGGGGCUGAGUUAACGCCGUGGAUCCCCCUGGAAAAAGGAAUGGAGCUUCCCCCUCCAGAACCCAAGGGGGCGCUCUCUCUUUCUGAGCACUGCAUUCCCACCUUUGAUUGCAGACUCUUUGCACUUUAAAGAGACGGACUGGACUUUCUGGCCAGAAGGUUGAUGGUGGUAUGGAACAUGGUGAUUAACCUGGAGGGAGGGGAGUGGAACAUAUGGGGCCUGCCCAUCAACCUUCAGUUUUUCCUUUCUUUUCUUGUUUUGCUUUUUUUUUUUAAAUGUAGAUAAGAAAAGCCUGCAGCAACCAGUUAACAUCAUAGAUAUUUUGUAACAUAAAAUAAUAUUUUAAUCUUUGCUAUAUUUUAACUGUGUCAUUUUUAAGGGAGAAAAAUUAAGAAUGUAGGGGGCUUGUUAGAGGGCACAGUAUUUCAAAAGAAGUGGUACCAAUCAUUUAAGUGUCGCUGCAUAAAGAUAAGUUGGAUUUCAAACAAAUUGUAGUCUGUAUUGUAAAUCAAUAAAUUAUAAAUAUACAAGG